CCAGAGCAAGCGAAAUGCCGCGACAGCUGCUGCCGCUGGUUUAGUCGCCGCGCAGACGAGAUUCGCACAGCAACGUUGGAUUUUAGUUUAAUGCUGAGCAUAGGAUGCAAGUGAAGUGCCUGCUGAUCUGCAUUGGCCUAGGCCUGGGCCUGCUUAUGCUAACCGCACCGUUUACCGAGGCGCGCCGUGGACGCGGACGUGGACGCACCAAGUCGAGGGUGCAAAUUGGUCUGCCCAUAACGGGCAAGUACCGCGAUCCCGAAUCGGAUCAAUACUAUAACAACAACAAUGGCGCAAAAAUCUUGCAGGCCUCGCACUUUGAUCUCGAGUACGUGCUGGGCCACAAGAUUGCUUUUCUGUGCGUGGCCAAGGGCAAUCCACGUCCGCACAUAACCUGGUACAAAGACGGCGCCGAGAUCUAUCAGCAUCUAUAUAUGCAUGUACACGAGUGGACCAUUGGCGAUGAUCGCGUCAAAUCGAAGAUCGAAAUCGAUCCGGCCACCCAAAUGGAUGCCGGCCUGUACGAGUGCACGGCCGACAACAUGUACUCCAUUGACAGGCGCAGCUUCAAGACCGAUUUCUCCAUUGCCUUCGAUUAGAUCGCUGGCGGUGCCACACGUUUCCUUGCCCGUAUACGUAUAAGCAAUAAAGUUAAUCCUAAUUAAAUCGUAAUAACUCCA